UUAAACGCCGUGCUCUACCGGACAUAUAUAAUUGCAACUUCCGGCUUGUGCCCCGGUCAUCAUGUACCACUUACAGCGGACACAACGUCUUUUUUUUAGGGUUUCACAAUUUGAAUACGCGAAUAAAUCUGCAGGUCUGACGAGUGUUGCAUCUAAUGUUCAAAAACACCAUGAGCUGGUAAAGAUGGACAAUCCUUACAAGGCGCCAGUGAAAGGCUGUGUCCUCUGCAAGGUCACGGUGGACUUCAAAAACACUCAGCUUCUUUCUCAGUUCAUCUCGCCGUACACGGGAAGGAUUUACGGGCGACACAUCACAGGACUUUGUGGGCGAAAACAAAAAGAAAUCUCCAAAGCCAUCAAGAAGGCUCACUCAAUGGGGUUCAUGUCAGUGACGCACAAACACCCACAGUUCAUGAGGGACCCAAACAUCUGCAGCAUCAAACAUCUGGAUUAGCCACGCCUCCUCUCUCCACUAAAAUUUAAAUUAAAAUGUUUCACCGC